AUGCCCGCCGCGACUCUUCCCCAGAAGCGUGUCUUUGGUGAGGCCCCUAGCACCCGCCAGAACAUUGCCUCAAACCCUCCGUCAACAACAAAGAAGCGUCGUCUCGAUGAGAUCCCAUCCUCCUCACCUACUGCCCGUUUCUCGAGCUCCCAGACCAAUAUCAAGGGCAAACUCGCUUCCAGCCAACAUAAGAGCACCUUCGAGACCGAGGUGCUGGAGCGAAUGAGCCAAGAUAUCAAUGGCCUCAAGGAGAGCAAUGCUGAGAAGGAUCAAGUCUGGGACCGUCCCCCCGUUCCAAAGGACUGGGACCCUGAAAAGCACAGCCUUACCUUCCAGGCCAUUGAGGCAGAGGAGGGCUCUCUCGCUGGCGGCCAGGCCACUGUCAAGCUAUUUGGUGUGACCGACAAGGGGAAUUCGGUUCUUCUGCAUGUCAGGGACUUUAAGCACUAUCUUUAUGUUCAGGCCCCAGUGUCGUUCACCCAUGACGACUGCCCCCUGUUCCAGGCCUACCUUGAGAAACAGAUGGGCAUGACCCAACCUGUUAUACACUCAGUCACAUUGACCAUGCGCGAGAAUAUAUAUGGCUUUCAGGGGAAUGUCCAAAACCCCUAUCUUAAGAUCACUGUGACAGACCCCAAGUUCAUCAACAAGGUCCGCACAAUGAUCGAAAGGGGGGAGGCCAACUGGAAGGGCAUGUGGAAAAGCUCUGACGGAACAAUUAUGACUUACGACAAUAUCCAGUAUUUGCUUCGGUUCAUGGUUGAUACUUCGCUUGCUGGUAUGGCCUGGGUUGAGGCUCCUGCGGGCAAGUACACUGUCAUGACCGGCAACGAAAAACAGUCAAAUUGCCAGAUCGAGGCCCAGAUGAGCUACCGCGACAUGAUUGCUCACAAGCCUGUUGGCGAAUGGUCCAAGAUGGCCCCGUUAAGAAUCCUUUCCUUCGAUAUCGAGUGCGCUGGUCGUAAAGGCAUCUUCCCUGAACCACAGCAUGAUGCCGUGAUCCAAAUUGCGAACAUCGUUACUACAUAUGGAGAGAACAAGCCUUUUGUGCGCAACGUCUUCUGCCUUGACACUACAAGUCCCAUUGUUGCCACCCAGAUCCUCUCGUUCGACAAGGAAGAGCAAAUGCUCGCAGCAUGGCAAAACUUCCUUGUCCGGGUCGACCCAGAUGUCAUCACUGGUUACAACAUUGCCAACUUUGACUUUCCCUACCUUCUGGAUCGAGCAGAGCACCUCAACGUUCCGAAAUUUAGAGAGUGGUCUCGUCUCAAGGGCGUUAAGUCAGUGGCCAGGGACACCAACUUCUCAAGCAAACAGAUGGGCAACCGCGACACCAAAGCAACUAAUAUCAGUGGACGCCUCCAGCUCGAUCUGUUGCAGCUGAUCCAACGUGAUCACCACCUGCGGAGUUACACCCUUAACUCAGUUUGCCAACAUUUCUUGGGGGAGCAGAAGGAAGAUGUCCACCACUCCAUGAUUACGGAACUUUUUGAAGGCACUCCUGAGUCAAGACGCAGAUUGGCCCUUUACUGUCUCAAAGAUGCCUAUCUCCCUCAGAGACUUAUGGACAAGCUUUCUUGUCUCGAAAAUUACACUGAAAUGGCAAGAGUCACCGGCGUUCCCUUCAACUUCCUCCUGGCCAGAGGUCAGCAAGUCAAGUUCCUGAGCCAGCUCUUCCGCAAAGCCCUUGAACAAAAGCUCGUCAUUCCCAAUCUGAGGUCAGAGUCAUCUGAGGAGCAGUAUGAGGGUGCUACUGUUAUCGAGCCCGUCAGGGGUUAUUAUGAUGUGCCUAUUGCGACCCUCGAUUUUGCCUCUCUGUACCCCAGUAUUAUCAUGGCACACAACCUCUGCUACACCACACUCAUUAAGAAGAAAGAUGUUGAGAAGUGGAACUUGAAGAAGGACGAGGACUACAUUGUUACCCCCAACGGUGAUAUGUUCGUCACUACCAAGCAGCGCAAGGGUCUUUUGGCCCAGAUUCUUGAAGAACUUCUAGCUGCCAGAAAACAAGCGAAGAAAGAACUGGCUGCAGAGACAGAUCCUUUCAAGAAGGCUGUGUUGAAUGGUCGGCAGCUGGCCUUGAAGAUCAGCGCCAAUUCGGUGUAUGGCUUGACGGGUGCAACCAACGGCAAACUCCCUUGCUUGGAAAUCGCCAGUAGCACAACCGCCUUUGGUCGUCAGAUGAUUAUGAAAACGAAGGAAGAGGUGGAGAAGAGAUAUUGCAUUGCCAACGGCUACUCCCACGAUGCCCAAGUUAUCUACGGUGAUACCGAUUCCGUCAUGGUUAAGUUUGGUACCAGAGACCUGAAGGAAGCCAUGAAGCUCGGGCAAGAUGCCUCGGAGUAUGUCUCGAGCAAGUUUAUCAAGCCCAUCAAGCUUGAAUUCGAGAAGGUCUACUUCCCGUAUCUUCUUAUCAACAAAAAGCGCUAUGCCGGCUUAUACUGGACGAGGCCAGAAAAGUUUGACAAGGUGGACACCAAGGGUAUCGAGACGGUCCGCCGUGAUAACUGCCUCCUGGUCCAAACUGUCAUUGACAAGGUCCUGCGUAUGAUUCUUAUUGACCAGGAUGUACCAGGCGCUCAAGAAUACGUCAAGAGCACGAUUGCAGACCUUCUCCAAAACAAGAUUGAUAUGUCGAAGCUUGUCAUCACCAAGGCUCUCACCAAGGAAGACUACGCAGCAAAGCAGGCUCAUGUCGAGCUCGCGCAGCGCAUGAAGAAGCGCGAUCCUGGAUCAGCGCCUAGUCUUGGUGACCGCGUGGCCUACGUCAUGGUCAAGGGCGCGACGGGCUCCAAAAACUUCGAGCGCUCUGAGGAUCCAAUCUAUGUGCUUGAGCACAAUGUGCCCAUUGACACUAAGUACUAUCUCGAUAACCAGCUGGCCAAGCCGCUGGGACGAAUCUUCGAGCCCAUCCUCGGUGAGGCCAAGGCCAGGUCCCUGCUUACAGGCGACCACACCCGCUCGAUCUCUGUGGCAGCACCGACUGUUGGUGGAUUGAUGAAAUUUGCCAAGAAGACGCAGACAUGCAUGGCAUGCAAGAAGCCGCUGACGGGCAAGGAGGAGAGCAACGGUGCAGUGUGCAAGGACGAUGCGCCACGCGUGGCUGAGCUGUACAAGAGGACGCUCGACAAGGUCUCAGAGCUUGAGGUACGGUUCGGCCGGCUGUGGACGCAGUGCCAGCGCUGCCAGGGCAGCAUGCACUGCGAGGUUAUCUGUAGCAGCAAGGACUGUCCUAUCUUCUACAUGCGCAUGAAGGCCAAGAAGGACCUGGAGGAUGCCAAUAGGGAGUUGGCGAGGUUUGACUACGAUCAGGCUGCUAUCUGGUGA